AUGAACGGACAUCACGCGACCCGGGCGCUGAAGCCUGGCGUCAAUGUCCCGAUCGUCACGAUCUUCAAGCCCGAGACUGAAGAUUUGGAUCUCGAGGCGAUUGCGAAACACGUGGUCAGACUCGCCGAGGCAGGCCUGACGUCCAUUACCUGUCAAGGGUCCAACGGCGAGGCAGUUCACCUGACCAAACAAGAGCGAAUCCAGGUGGUUCAGACCACGCGCAAAGCCCUAGACGAUGCUGGCUUCCCAGACUUCCCCAUUGUUGUCGGCUGUGGUGCUCAAUCGGUCCGGGAGACGGUAGAGUUCUGCAAGGAUGCCUAUUCUGCCGGCGGCGACUAUGCCCUGGUUCUUCCACCCUCGUAUUACAAGUCAUCGUUCACGCAGGCAUCCUUUGUCGAAUACUUCCAAGACGUCGCGACCGAGUCACCCAUUCCUAUUCUCAUCUACAACUACCCCGGGGCCGCUGGCGGCGUGGAUCUCGACUCUGACACCAUCAUCAAAUUGGCCAAACACCCCAAGAUUGUUGGGUGCAAGCUGACGUGCGGCAACACGGGCAAGCUCAACCGCAUUGCGAACGCGGUCAACGCCGCGACACCCACGUCCACCGGAUCCGGUUGGCUGUGUCUGGGAGGCUCCGCCGAUUUCACCCUGCAGACGUUGAUCGCGGGAGGCUCCGGGAUCAUCACCGGGCUGGGUAACGUCGUCCCCAAGGCAUGUGUCAAGGUGUUCAACCUGUAUGCCGAGGGCAAGGUCGAGGACGCUCAGAAGCUCCAGGCGAUUGUGGCCCGAGGCGAUUGGGGAGUCAUCUCUGGUGGCAUCCCCGGAACGAAGAGUGCGCUCCAGUCAUAUUUUGGCUACGGAGGCUACGCGAGACGGCCUCUGCCCAAACCUAGCAGGGAAGAUGUGGCCAGACACGAGGCGGUGUUGAAGGAAGUGGUGGAGCUGGAGAAGACGCUGUAG